AUGAUGGCCGCCUCUCUGCCGCCGUUCCCCCGCCUCGUCUUUACGGUCCUCGAGCCCUUGUCGCUCGUGGCAGGCUUCGCCGGCGCUGUAUACGACCCGGCAUGGUUCGUGGCACAGCAGAUCCCUCAGGACAAGCCUCUGGUUGCCUCGGAGAAUAGCAUCGUCAUGGCCCAUCAGCUGGGCAACAUGUAUCUUGGAAUGUGCAUGGUGGGCUUGGCCCUGUUCUGGACAACAUCCGAGGCCAGAGUCGUCCGCAACUAUCUCAUCGCCCUCUUGAUUGCUGAUGCCGGCCACGUUGGCUUCACAAUUUACGGCAUGUCUUGGGACAGGUUCAUAGACGUCUCUGGGUGGAACGCCAUGGCUUGGGGAAAUCUCGGGGCCACGCUGUUUCUUGCUUUUACGCGUAUUGCGUAUCUCUCGGGCAUGUUUGGCCCAGACAAACAUGUGUCGGCCGCCAUCCCGGCCCAGAAGAAGAGCAACUAA